UCUUACUUACUUGGAGCUAUUUUAGGAAUUAAAAACCUGACGAAGAAAAGAAACGACAUUGACAAUUUAAAUAACAAACCUUGAGUUUCAUAACUUAUCAAGUGGCCUGCGGCGUUUUAUUACACACUCGAUGCUCCAGGAACUGUAAAAAAUGUUGUUCUGCAAAAAUGGGACCGACCUCUCCAGCGCAUGGAUUGACAAAGGAAUCAAUCGUUGUUUUUAUGAAACAGUAACAUCUGUUAUUGUCUUUGGUUUUGUGUUCCUCACUGGCAUCCUACAGUGUGUGAUGUAUAGUAAAUAUGCCAUUCUUGUUGAUAAAAGAAACAUCUCUAACUCAAGAGGAUACACUAUGCAAAAAGUGUUCACAGUCUUGCUUAUGUUAGAGGCUCUGGCACAUAUGAUUCUCUCUGACGUUUAUUUGAGAGGCAGAUCACUGUUGGGCUACCAGGUUCUAGUUGCAUGCGCAAUAAUCUCUGCCUACAUUGUGUCUUGGUGGUUAUUGGCCAUGGAGAAACGCAGCAUGCUGCCCACAUUGCCCACCAGAGGACAGGGCAUCGUCCUCCUGCUGUUUUAUGUGCUGGUCUUCAUCAGAGAGACGCUCAUGUUUUUGUCCUGGAAUAGUCCUGAAUGGUGGUGGCAGCUAGAUGGACCCUCUGAUCAACUAGAGCUUGCAUUUUUCAUUUUAAGAUAUUUCCUUAUCACCAGUUUGUUAAUUCUGGGGUUUAUAGGACCAAGUGUUCGCAGAACAGGGUACAACACUAUAACAGACCAAGAGUCAGCUAACUCUCAGAAUGUGUCUACUUGGCGCAAUGUUCUUGUCAAGAUGAAAAUGAUGCUGCCGUACGUUUGGCCCAAGGGCAAUCUUCUACUCCAGGUGACUGUAGGCAUCUGCAUAAUUCUUCUAGCUGUUGGAAGAGCUGUUAAUGUUUUUGUUCCAAUUUAUAGCAAAUUAAUAGUUAACAGUUUGGCUUAUGAUCCCAGCAAACCAGGUGAAGUGAUGGAGUAUCGAUGGGACUAUAUAUUGAUCUUUAUUACCUUAAUCUUUCUGAAAGGUGGAGGCACAGGAACAUCUGGACUGUUGAAUGAUACCAGAAGUUUAUUGUGGAUCAAAGUGCAACAGUAUACAACACAGGCCAUCCAGAUCAAACUCUUCUCACAUUUACAUGGUUUAUCCCUGCGCUGGCAUCUUGGACGCAAAACUGGUGAAGUGUUGAGAGUUGUUGACAGAGGGACAAAUAGUAUUAACAGUCUGCUGAGUUACCUGGUGUUCCAGAUUUUUCCAACUAUAGCAGACAUCAUUAUAGCCAUUGUGUAUUUUAUAACAUUUUUCAACUACCUUUUCGGACUAAUAGUCUUUAUUAGCAUGGCGUUAUAUCUAGCUGCGACUAUAAUUGUAACCGAAUGGAGGACAAAGUUCAGAAGAUUAAUGAACCAGAAAGACAACGAGGCCAAUGCCAAAGCCGUUGACUCACUGCUGAAUUUCGAGACAGUUAAAUAUUAUGAAGCCUCUGAUUGGGAGACUGAACGGUAUCGGAAAGCUAUCCUUGAAUAUCAGGUGGCAGAAUGGCAUUCCAAUGCUUCUCUCAGUUUAUUAAACUCAGUACAGAAUCUUAUCAAUACAGUCGGCUUGGCUGCUGGAUCCUUGUUGUGUGCUUGGGCUGUAGUGCAUGGAGUCAAUGACCUGCACCUGACAGUGGGAGACUAUGUUCUGUUUGGUACAUACAUUACCCAGCUAUAUGUACCAUUGAACUGGCUUGGCACCUAUUACAGAAUGAUUCAACAAUCUUUUAUUGAUAUGGAAAAUAUGUUUGAACUUUUAGGAGAACAAAAGGAGAUUAAAGAUGUUCCUGGUGCCAAAGAUAUCUCUUUACACGGAGCACAAAUACAGUUUAAAAAUGUUUGUUUCAGUUAUGAACCCAGCAAAGCUAUUUUGAAGAACAUUUCUUUUACUGUGCCAGCUGGUCACACCUAUGCUCUUGUUGGUCACACUGGCUGUGGAAAAAGUACUAUUGUGCGUUUACUUUUCCGAUUCUAUGAUGUUAAUUCUGGAACCAUAUUGAUAGAUGGACAAGAUAUUUCACAGAUAACUCAAAAGUCUCUGCGUAAGAGCAUAGGAGUAGUGCCACAAGACACAGUGUUAUUUAAUAGUGAUAUAAGGUACAACAUACGUUAUGGUAAAAUUACAGCUACGGAUACUGAGGUUGAAGAUGCUGCUAGGGCUGCAGAGAUACACGACAGGAUAUUAACCUUCCCCAAAAAGUAUGAGACUGUGGUUGGAGAGAGAGGUCUAAAGUUGAGUGGUGGCGAGAAGCAGCGUGUGGCUAUCGCAAGAACUCUACUAAAAGCACCUGCCAUUGUUCUUCUCGAUGAAGCAACAUCAGCUUUGGAUACUAAAACGGAACGCAGUAUCCAGUCCUCUCUGGCACGAGUGUGCGAGAACAGAACGACUAUAAUUGUCGCUCACAGACUGUCCACCAUAAUACAUUCUCACCAGAUCAUUGUCUUGGAUGAGGGAGAAAUCAAAGAGAUGGGGACACAUCAGGAUUUGCUGGACAUGGAUGGUGUGUAUGCAGAGAUGUGGAGGCAGCAGUUAGUCAAACAAGGCCAGGAGACUGAGAAUAACACAUCUGGCAAUGGAACUACAACUGCAGAUAACUCUUGAAAGAAUCACUUAAUCAUUAGAGUUAUUGACUUUAUACCCAAGUUUCUGAAUUCGGUUUGUUGACUAGAAAUGAAUUUUUUUUUUUAAAUACUGAAUUUUUAUUGUGUGAGUAAUAGUUUCAUAAAGCUUCUUCACAUAUUUAUUAUUUAUUUAAGGUAUAUUUGCUUGAUUGGCAAAUACUGCAUUAGUUUGUUUCGGAAGUCGCAUGCUGUUUUUGAAUUGAAUCAGGGAAUGAUUUUGCCAUUGAAAAAGUGUAUGGACGGAAGGAGAUUGAAAUUUAUUUGUCCUUAUUAUUUUUUGGGCGUGUAAAAUAUUUUUUUAGAUUUGUUGAUAUCAGUAAAUUCAAAUAUUAUCAUUACUUGAAAUGUAAUAUAUAAGAAUGAUCUUGUCAGUAUGUGUUCAUAACUGACUGUACACAUAAAAAAAAAUUGUUGUUAUGAGUCCACAUGUUUAAAGUCCAUUAAAUAUAUUAGAUCACAGUUUAUUCAUUCAAUUAUACUAAUGGCACAUCAGUGAGUGUAUCUUGAUAAAGCCACUUAUUCUGAAGCUACUCUCUAGAUCAGCAUUUAUGUGGUUGAGGAAAAGUGUGUCCCUACUCUCACACUGCGUCAAGAUGAAAACUGUGCACCUUGCUUUUGAGACUUCCUGCUUCUAAGUUAAUUUUAAAUCACUUCUGUUCACCAGGAACAUUAAUUUCAUUAGAGUUUUUGUUAAAUAAUAAUAAUAAUAAUAAUCUUUAUUGUCCAUUAGGAAAUUUGUCUUUCAAUUUGUGCAUUACACCAAACAAAACAAUGUAACAAUAGAAAAACAAAAUGUACAUUCACACCUGACUCACUCAUAAUUUACAUUUACAAAGCUGUCUAUUAUUAAAUCCUCAGCUUUUGUUUUUAUGUUACUACUUGAACUGGUUAUGUUUCUCUGUAUCUCGACUGAUGGGAUUCCAUUAUUGUGCAACUUGGACCUGUAUCGCACUAUUUACCUUUCAGCUUUGGCAUGAUGUUCUGAGAAAAGAAAGUUCAUCACUCUUUUUGAAUUACAAUAGCUUAAGAUAUUGUUGAGAUUUGUGAGUUAUCUCAACAAAAAAAACUUCCACACCGUUCUAACAGAACAUUUUCAACAUAUUCGUAAAGAAAAUAAAACCAACACACAAAUAAAACUCACUGACAGGAUUGAGUUUUCCUUAUUUUUUUCAUGAGUGAUUUUUUUUUUUUAAUAAAAUUGUUGUAAUGUUUAUGGUACAAAAUAGCACAAAAUGAAAAGUUUUUUUUUUGUUUUGAAUUUAACUGACACUUAAAAUUAUAUGUUCAACUUUUUAAUCACAAUUUUUUUUUUAAAUUUAACUAAUUUACUUUUCUGACUGAUAUUUGACGUUUUGAUAUAUUUCCAGAAAUAAAUUAAAAACAUGUCAACCCUUAAGUUUAAAACAACUUCUAAAUAAAACUCAUCAAAACUGUAGAGAAUCAAAAGGAAAAAAGAAGCGUGGUCCAUUUCUUCACACAAUACAUUUUGCAGCUGAUGAAUUUAAUUUCUAAUGUUUAGUUUGAUUGGUGAAGUUCUUGUGCAACUCAUUUUUAGCAUUGGGUGAAUUAACACGUGACGAAUUUUUUAGAUGAAUGAACUUUAAUUCAACUUCUUUAUAACCUCUAGGUCUUAAGGAUAAACUUUAUAUCUGCAUGUAUAAAUAAAUUAUUUUAAGCACAAACAAUUGAUCUUUUUAAGAAAUAAAUAUGCAUUUCAAGUGAGCAUUCAGUGAGAACCAAAAUCAUUUUUAGUUCUUAUCUCUGUCUCUCAAAUGUAAUAAUCAGAAUGAGGUUUUGACAGUUACUCCUGAAUAGUUUUAUUCAUUUAAAAAUAGAAAUGUAUAAAACUCAACAUUGUACACAAUUAGUUACAUGUUUAGACUUGUUUAUAAUGACUGUUAAUGCUUUUAAGUACUGUAUAUGUGUUUGCUGUUUUAUUCGAAAUUGUAGACAUAUUGAAACAGGUCUGUAAUCCUUUAUGCUGAGAUAAAAAAAAAUGAACAUGAUUAUUAUAAAAGUAUUGUAAUGGACUAGUUCAAUGAGACAAUCUCAAACCACUUAGAUUGUUCGUAUUUUAUUUGUUUAUGUAUUUGUUGUUGAAUGAGACUUAGACCAAGCAUAUUGAAUCCCUAUUGAUAUUUUGAGAUUGAUGAUUUCUUCUGUAAUUAGAUGUGGAAUAAAAUCCAUGUGACUGUCAAAA